CGAGACUCGUAUAGAUUGUUGCCAGGAGACAGUUACAUUGUAUCAGAGGGAACGGGGCAAUAACCACCAGGGGCAAACAUGCCACCCAAAAAGGCAAAAGGGGGGAAGAAAAAGAAAUCUGCAAAGGGAAAGAAGAGCCCCGGGUUGGUAGAUGGAGUGGCUACCCAGGAAAUGAGCAAAGAGCAGCUCGAGGAGCACAUUGUCCGUCUGCGGGAAGAGCUUGACCGGGAAAGGGAGGAACGAAACUACUUUCAGCUGGAGCGAGACAAGAUCCACACGUUCUGGGAGAUUACCAGGCGCCAGUUGGAUGAGAAGAAGUCAGAACUCCGCAACAAGGACCGCGAAAUGGAGCAAGCAGAGGAGAGGCAUCAGGUGGAGAUAAAGGUUUACAAGCAGAAAGUGAAGCACCUCUUGUAUGAGCACCAGAAUAACAUCUCUGAGUUGAAGACUGAGGGCAGUGUGGCUAUUAAACUCUCCCAGAUGGAGCACCGCACACAGGAGAGCGUCCUGCGGAAGGACAUGCGAGGGAUGUGGGUGGAAAUCAAAGAGCAGGAGCUGGCCAAUGAGAUGAUGGUCAAGAACCUCAAGCUGAAACAAGAUGAAGGAAUCACACGUUUGAGAAGUGACUUUGAGAGACAAGUUCGAGAAAUUGAGACCAAGUACGAAAAGAAAAUGCACGUUUUACGAGAGGAACUUGAGCUGCGCAGAAAGACGGAGAUCCACGAGAUUGAAGAACGGAAAAACGGACAAAUCAACACCUUAAUGAAAAACCAUGAAAAGGCAUUCAGUGACAUCAAAAACUACUACAAUGACAUCACCCUCAAUAAUCUCGCACUCAUUAACUCUCUGAAGGAACAAAUGGAAGAUAUGAAAAAGAAGGAAGAUCGUCUAGAGAAGGAAAUGGCUGAUCUGCAACUGCAGAACCGUCGCCUUACUGAACCACUGCAGAAAGCUCGCGAAGAGGUGGCCGAGCUCCACAAAAAACUCACCAGUUAUGAAAAAGACAAGACAACUUUAGCUAGUACCAAAGCACGGCUAAAACAGACUGAGAAAGAACUGGCAGACCUUAAAUGGGAGCACGAGGUGUUAGAACAGCGGUUUGAGAAGUUACAAGUUGAGCGGGACGAACUGUACCGAAAAUUCACCACCGCAAUACAUGAAGUUCAGCAAAAGAAUGGCUUCAAGAACCUGCUACUGGAACGAAAAUUGUCAGCACUCGGAGACAUGCUGGAGAAGAAAGAGGCACAGCUUAAUGAGGUUCUAGCAGCCUCGAAUCUCGACCCCACAGCACUCACAGCCGUCACCCGCAAGCUGGAGGAUGUCCUGGAUUCGAAGAACAGCGCUAUUAAGGAUCUCCAGUAUGAACUGGCCAGAGUAUGCAAGUCUCACAAUGACCUGCUGCGGACGUACGAGGCAAAGAUGCGUGCUUUUGGCAUUCCUGCAGAUGAAUUAGGAUUCAAACCCCUGGAAAGCCUAGUCCCUGGGCAGACAUUCGGGCAGGGUCCUGCUGGAUUGGUAGCAGCCACAACAUAAAGUUGCAGUAAAAAACUGUCUUGAAAAAUCAAAGCAAAUCCUGUGUAAUAUGCCUCUGUGUCUUAAUAGUAACCUGGAUCUCAGGAAUGCGAUAGACAGACAGAAAUAGCGAUCUUUCCAUUCAAACAAAGGAUGGGCAGCUGUUACCCCCCACAGCAUCAUAGGAAGGUUAACUCAAACUCUUUGCAAAACAAAUCUAUAUUUUUCUAUAACCCAGACCGUUU